AUGAUCAUGUGGAUUACUAUGGAGAUCCAGAACUUAUACAACCUCGUUGAAGAGAGUAUCCGUCAUGUACUGAGUGUGCUGUCGGAGAUUGCUUCCAAAGCAUGCGGCAUCUACGAGAAGAGCGUUAGUCCCACUGAAUGGGACUUCAACCAGCUCACCAAGCUGCGCUCAAGUGAUGAGAAGCACUGCACCAUUGAGUAUAGCCACGCACUACGCCCGCUAAAGGGAGCAAGCAGGCACAACAAGUGCCGUGCUACCCAAGCAGGUACGGCAGAUGCCCAUCCGGCGAACAGGUUCAAGUUGAAGCCUAUUUGCAACGAGAUUAAUACCAACGAGUUCACACAGCUCGUUGCUACUCGCGAUCCUGAUGAAGAUGGUGAAGAUAGGACGUGGUACAGCCGGACACUGCUCCAUUUAAAGAACAAGCGCCGACGCCAAUUGAGCCACUACGAUCGAGCUGAUUCGAUUUGUUCGACCAACUCAAGUGCCAACUCGUUUACACUUACAAUGUCUUAG